GUUUUAUUGAGCAGAAAUAGCUCUCAGCAGAUGGGGGAGCCAGAAGGGAGAUGGUUUUCCCCUGGAGUGGGGCCACUCAGCCGCCUGACUCUUCUCCAGCUUCUCCGGCCAUACUCUGAGUUGUUCGGCCAGUCCACGUCAGCUUGCCUGCGGGUGCUCUUCCACGGUGUGCUCUCUCGAGGACCAGCCGCUUGUGUCUUCUCCCGCGAACGUCUUCAUCAGGACCUCCAGCCGCUUGUUCCUAGGGACUCUGGAGGGGGAGGUUUUUAUAGACACAGAUGGGGGCGUGGCCGGCCAGGGUGGUCUUGGGAAAGGCGACCUUUGGGCGCCAAGGCUGGAGUGCCAGGCCUCACCUAGGAUCGUGGGGGUGGAUCCCUAGUCAGGGACCACGCCUUCCUCCCUUCGAGAUCAUUUAAAGGGACCACGCUCUUCCCUUCCCAGCACUUCCAUAUCAAUUUAACAAUUUCUGGAGACAUUUUGGUUGCUACAGCUAGGAGGAGGAAUGCUUCUGGUAUCUAGUGGGAAGAAGCAGGGAUGCUACUAAACAGGCUGUGUUGCACAUAUUUAUCUGGCUGAAAAUAUCAGUGUGCUGAAGUUGAGAAAUCCUCAUGUAGAGGGGUUCAUAAAGCUUGGUUCUUUUAGUAUUAUGCAAUUUUUAAGCAGCACAGCAUAUUCCUUUCAUCUCACGGAAGAGAGAUGAAAGUUACUCACAGUUUUGGUUCUUGCUUUGCUAUUCCACUCUUUGUAAGUGUUUACUUCUAUUGGAUUUUCUUUCUUGUCUCUUUAUUAAGAGACAUCAUUAAAUAUUCGUUUAGUAUAUUCCUAUGUUUCCAGUUGGAUUGUGUCAUAGCACCGGAAGCAAGCAUUUAUUUUUCUGACUAAAAUAAUGUUUGAGAAAAACAGUCAUUGAGAUGGCUGAGCCUUUGAUCACUAGAGGGUUUAGGUGAUAGGCAAAUUCUCUCUCCAAGGAUCUGUUGUCAUUUAAAUCAUUACCAAAAUACUCAUUUUUUUCCUUUACUCUCCUAGCUUAGAGUACAGCCAAUUGUUGUCUAGUAGGGGGAUGCUGAGUCAUUUUUUCAUGCAUUUUUUUACCUCUUGGCUGCAAUAUCACCAUUCAUUGUUCACAAGCCACCCAGCUUGUUUACUUUUUAUAAAUUACAUGUAAUCAAGUCCUCUUUCAGGUCUGGCUACUGUAAUUGGCAGCAGCCACAGAGCAGGGCUGACAAGUCUGCAUUUAUGCUGAUGUCUCAUAUUCAGCCCACUCUCCAAGCUUUCUUUCCUCUUCCAUGUGUAUUUUAGAAGGAAGGCAAAUAGAAGGAAUGCAAAGAGAGAACUGUUAAGGUGUUCUCUCUUUUCAGAUGAUCCUAAGAUACUUAUAGCUUGGCAGAGCCCUUGUGUCAUUUGGUUGGGAAAAAACAAGGGUCUAGAGCAGUCAGUGGUCCUUAAACUUCAGUGUGCAUAACAAUCACUGGGUAACUUGUAAAGUGAAGAUUCUUGGGCUCUACCCUCCUUCUUAUAUUUUUAUUAAGUCUGGGUAGGGGUCCAGAAAACUGCAGUUUCUAACUUGAACCCCUGCUGAUUUUGAUGUAGAUGGUCCUUAGAUUACUCUUGGAGAAAUCCUGAGUUGGGCAUAGAGGGAAAAAGAGACAAGAAAGAAAAUCCAAUAGAAGUAAAUACUUAUAAAGAGUGGAAUAGGAAAGCAACAACCAAAACUGAGGGAGUAACUUUAAUCUCUCUUCAGUGAGAUGAAGGGAGUGAGUAUGCUGUGCUGCUUAAAAAGAUAAGUGUUUAGUUUUUUCUGGCAGUGAACGAGAUCAAACUGUCCUCCAAAGAGGACAUAUUUAGAGGAUGACAAAAGUGAAAAGGAAUUUUUAGAAAGGUUAGAAUAUGAGAAAGUACCUAACUGUCGCCGAGAAACUCAAAAGACAUGAUUAAAUCAAAGAAAGUAUUUUGUAGGUGUCUGUUUAAAGAAGAAUGUGCAUUCCUGAAUCAAGAGUUUAUGAAUGGCUUAAAGAUGAAGAGGAGAGAUGAAAGAGGAUUAGCUGUUCACCAGAAGUUCUGGUUAUUCUAGUUAUUGGAUCUGAAACCAUAUUAUUAAAGUAUAGUCCGGAUUUCCUGGAAUAGUUCACAUUUCUAAUAUUCUUUCCCAUUAUUUUUAUAAUACAUGUCUGAUUUGCCCUAAUUUUUGGUUAGUUGAGAUGUGGUUGAUGUGUAAAAGAACACCAAAAGUGGGUCUACUUGACUGAGGAAGCUCUCUUGCUUUCCAGCUCUGUGUUUGUGUAUGUGCGUGUUAAAUGUAUAUUUUCUAAUCUAUCUCUUUUAACCUAAACUUUGAUUUUAAAGCCCACGUUAGAGAAAGAGCAAGAGAGACAGACUGACUCCACUUUAGAAAAUUGGUCAAGAAGUGGACCAGGUGGGAAUGGUUACUUAAUCCUAGCAGAGGAAUAAAGUACUUGACUUCCAGCUACCUGUUGAAUGUACUCUGCUUCUAGACAGCUAUUCCUUUUUUUUUUUUUUGGACAUAUUAUUUCCAUAGAGGAACUUUAUAGUUCGAUUCAGUAACCUUGGAGAGAGGUCCUGACCGAAAAACAAAAAAAGAAAAGAAUUUUGGAAGAUAAUUAUAAAGUGACGAGUAUCACCAGCAUUUGUUAAGUCAUUCUUUCUUUAUUCGAAUUAUCUCUGUAUUAAAGUGUUCACUUUUCCAUAUACAUGCUCUAGAAACCCAGAUUGUACUUUAGAACUUUCACCGCUAUAGUGUAUUAACUAGCUUGCUAAUCCUUUUUACCAUCUUUGAUGUUCUCUCCCUGCCAUCUGCUCACAAGAUUUUAUAGAAUCUUCAUACCUGCAUUGUAAGUGUUGAGGAUCAUUAUUGUUAUUGUAUGAAGUGUCUACCACACCCUCUCAUUGCACUAAGAGUCCAAGUAAGUGUAGUUAGUAGAUCACUUUGCUCUGAAGUGAAUAGAAGGGUUGUUGCUGUAUGCUGGUGGAGACCCAAAACCAGCUUCUUCCAUUUACUCUGGCAAUCAAGAAAGGCUAGACUCCUGUAUCUUCUACCCUGCACUUUGAAGACUGGGCUCAGGACUUGCUGUCUUCAUUUCAGGCAUGGAAGAGGAGAUGGUUCGUGUUACGCAGUGGCCGUUUAACUGGAGAUCCAGAUGUUUUGGAAUAUUACAAAAAUGAUCAUGCCAAGAAGCCUAUUCGUAUUAUUGAUUUAAAUUUAUGUCAACAAGUAGAUGCUGGAUUGACAUUUAACAAAAAAGAGUUUGAAAACAGCUACAUUUUUGAUAUCAACACUAUUGACCGGAUUUUCUACUUGGUAGCAGACAGCGAGGAGGAGAUGAAUAAGUGGGUUCGUUGUAUUUGUGACAUCUGUGGGUUUAAUCCAACAGAAGAAGAUCCUGUAAAGCCACCUGGCAGCUCCUUACAAGCACCAGCUGAUUUACCUUUAGCUAUAAAUACAGCACCACCAUCCACCCAGGCGGAUUCAUCCUCUGCUACUCUACCUCCUCCAUAUCAGCUAAUCAAUGUUCCACCACACCUGGAAACUCUUGGCAUUCAGGAGGAUCCUCAAGACUACCUGUUGCUCAUCAACUGUCAAAGCAAGAAACCCGAACCCACCAGCCAAGGGUCAUCUUUUGUUUCUGAAGAAGGAGAGGAAUACCUUCUACUAGAAGAUUUUGAAAGCAAAACGAUUCCAUUGCAAACACACGCUGAUUCUGCAAAAUCCACCUCUUCUGAAACAGACUGCAAUGAUAACGUCCCUUCUCAUAAAAAUCCUGCUUCCUCCCAGAGCAAACAUGGAAUGAAUGGCUUUUUUCAGCAGCAAAUGAUAUACGACUCUCCACCUUCACGUGCCACAUCUGCUUCAGUUGACUCCAGCCUUUAUAACCUGCCCAGAAGUUAUUCCCAUGAUGUUUUACCAAAGGUGUCUCCGUCAAGUACUGAAGCAGAUGGAGAACUCUAUGUUUUUAAUACCCCAUCUGGGACAUCGAGUGUAGAGACUCAAAUGAGGCAUGUAUCUAUUAGUUAUGACAUUCCUCCAACACCUGGUAAUACUUAUCAGAUUCCACGAACAUUUCCAGAAGGAACCUUGGGACAGACAUCAAAGCUAGACACUAUUCCAGAUAUUCCUCCACCUCGGCCACCGAAACCACAUCCAGCUCAUGACCGAUCUCCUGUGGAAACGUGUAGUAUCCCACGCACCGCCUCAGACACUGACAAUAGUUACUGUAUCCCUACAGCAGGGAUGCCGCCAUCACGUAGUAAUACCAUUUCCACUGUGGAUUUAAACAAAUUGCGAAAAGAUGCUAGUUCUCAAGACUGCUAUGAUAUUCCACGGACAUUUCCAAGUGAUAGAUCUAGUUCACUUGAAGGCUUCCAUAACCAUUUUAAAGUCAAAAAUGUGUUGACAGUGGGAAGUGUUUCAAGUGAAGAACUGGAUGAAAAUUACGUCCCAAUGAAUCCCAAUUCACCACCACGACAACAUUCCAGCAGUUUUACAGAACCAAUUCAGGAAGCCAAUUAUGUGCCAAUGACUCCAGGAACAUUUGAUUUUUCCUCAUUUGGAAUGCAAGUUCCUCCUCCUGCUCAUAUGGGCUUCAGGUCCAGCCCAAAAACCCCUCCCAGAAGGCCAGUUCCUGUUGCAGACUGUGAACCACCCCCCGUGGAUAGGAACCUCAAGCCAGACAGAAAAGGUCAAAGUCCUAAAAUUUUAAGACUCAAACCCCAUGGUUUAGAGCGAACUGAUUCACAAACCAUAGGUGACUUUGCUACAAGAAGAAAGGUCAAGCCAGCACCUUUAAAAAUAAAACCUUUGCCAGAAUGGGAAGAAUUACAAGCCCCAGUAUUCUCCCAUCCACUAGGAGUUUUUGCUCGAGACUCUUCUAGGUUUCCCAUGUCCCCCCGACCGGAUUCAGUGCAUAGCACAACUUCAAGCAGUGACUCACAUGACAGUGAAGAGAAUUAUGUUGCCAUGAACCCAAACCUGUCCAGUGAAGACCCAUCUGGAGAGAAUCAAUCCAAGGCUGUUGUGGCAGCUCUGUUCCAUAGAGUCUUCAGGGAUUCAGACCUUUUCCAGCUCUCCGGUCUGCUUUCCUUCGGUGUGGCACAUAUGCUCAUUGGACAAGAUGACGCUCCAGCCAACAGAGCCACAUGCCAACUCCAGAAUCUCUUUGGCAGUAACAGUCUUGAUGGAGGAAGCAGCCCUAUGAUCAAGCCCAAAGGGGACAAACAGGUGGAAUACCUAGAUCUCGACUUGGAUUCUGGGAAAUCCACACCACCACGUAAGCAAAAGAGCAGUGGCUCAGGCAGCAGUGUAGCAGAUGAGAGAGUGGAUUAUGUUGUUGUUGACCAACAGAAGACCUUGGCCCUAAAGAGUACCCGGGAAGCCUGGACAGAUGGGAGACAGUCCACAGAAUCAGAAACGCCAACAAAGAGUGUGAAAUGAAAAUAUUGCCUUGCCAUUUCUGAACAAAAGAAAACUGAAUUGUAAAGAUAAAUCCCUUUUGAAGAAUGACUUGACACUUCUACUGUAGGUAGAUCCUCAAAUGAAUAGAGUUGAAGUCAAAGGACCUUUCUGACAUAAUCAAGCAAUUUAGACUUAAGUGGUGCUUUGUGGUAUCUGAACAAUUCAUAACAUGUAAAUAAUGUGGGAAAAUAGUAUUGUUUAGCUCCCAGAGAAACGUUUGUUCCAUAGUUAACACACUCGUAGUAUUACUGUAUUUAUGCACUUUUUCAUCUAAAACAUUGUUUCAGGUAUUCCCAGUGUACCUUACCAUAAUUCCUUUGGGAGUUCUUGUUUGUUGUCACACUACUUUAUAUAACAAUACUAAGUCAACUAAGCUACUUUUAGAUUUGGAAAUUGCUGUUUAAACUACAGUCUAACAACAUUAAAAUGAGAGGUAGAUUCACAAGUUAACUUUCUAACUGAAGCUUCAGGUGAUAACCAUUAGCUUAUACUUGGACUCAUCAUUUGUUGCCUUCCAAAAUGCUGAGGAUAAUGUAUAUACUGGUGUCAGGACCUAGUUCUCUGGUUAAUGUAUGUUUAGUUUUUAAUGGUGGAACUUUGUUAUAUUUUGUUAAUUACAGUGUUUUUGGUUCAUUGAGUGAAGAUUCCGCCGGGUGGGAUCUUGCACCUUUGAAAGACUGAAUAAUUACACUACCAAGGAAGCCUGCAAAUCAUUGAUGGCAUGCAGUGAUGAUGUGCUCUUACACUUGUUAACAUGUAUUAAGUGUUAUUUGCAAAAGGUAGAUUAUGUAACUAAUCAGGUACGUACCAGGCAGUGAUGUGCUAAUACACUGAUCAGGUUUAGACAAUGAGCUUUGGUUGUGUUCUUGUUAGUCCUAAUAUUGGUUUUCAGUUUGGAAUUAAUAAAGCAGUUGACAUUCACUGUUAGUUACAGCAA